AUGAUUAUUGAUACAGUAUUACACCAAUUUACAGAAGAACAAUUGAAACUUUCAAAUCGUGGAUCAACUGAUAUUUUACCAUGUCAAAUGUAUGUAUUACCAUCAUCAUAUAUAUCAAUGAAUGAUAUGAUUCAAAAACGAUAUAAGUUAUUAGAACAUUAUUUAAGUAUUGUAUUUGCAAUGUAUAAUGUGACUAGAGCUCGAUCUAUGUUUAUUAAUAAAGAAAUUAAAGAUGCAUAUACAAAUACUAUUUCUAUUUCAUAA